UUAGUUUUUCGCCAUCGAGACUGAGACAUGAGUUCGUCAUUUUCGCUAAUUUUACUAAUAAAUUUCGUCUUAGCUGUGAGCCAAACGAGUGCCGAUCAUGUGCACGGAUGCGGCGGCUACAUAAAAACGACAAAAAGCCCCGCUGAUAUCGAUUUUUCGAAAAUUGAAGUUGUGCUGCUCACGAAAUCGGGCGUGAAAAAAGAUAAUGUCGAAGCAAAUCCGACUAAUGGUUAUUAUUUCUUGCCGGUCUACGAAAAGGGUGAUUACGUCUUGAAGGUCGUACCUCCCCCCGGUUGGUCGUUCGAGCCAGAAAAGUACGAAAUAAAGUUCGACGGAGAGACCGACGACUGCAGUUUGGAGAAAGAUAUCAACUUUUUGUUCAAAGGAUUCGGCAUUACGGGUCGCGUAAAUGUCCUCGGGCAGAAACAAGGAGCUGCUGGCGUAAAAGUCGAGCUAGUUGGCAAAGGAAAUGAAGUUUUGAGCUCGACAGUAACGAGCAACGUUGGUGCCUUUUCAUUUACGCCGCUUUUACCGGGAGAGUACAUCUUGCGAGCAAGUCACAAAACUUGGCAUUUGUCCAAGAAGGAACUGGCAGUCAAGUUAACGAGCCAAAAUUAUGUCGUGCCCGAAAAUUCGCUGCUUGUCUCGGGAUUCGAUGUGAAUGGAAAAGUACAAACUGACGGAUUGGGCAUCGGAUUGUUGAUUUACGGCAAGAAAGGAAGCAAUUUAAAGGUCGACUGCCAAGGUGUUAAAAUCCCAGAAACCGCAUCGCAAACGAACGCUCAGUACGAUUCCAAGCCUUUGUGUUACACCGUCGCCAAGCAAAAUGGCGAAUAUACGUUCAAAAAUGCAAAUCCCGGUAGUUAUCUCAUCGUACCGUUCGUUGAAACUGCGUCCAAAGUCCACAUCACGCCAGAAAAUGUUGAAAUUUCUGUCGUCAAAGACUCUGUCUCUGUUUCGGAUGUCUUUGAAGUGAGCGGAAUUACUGUGCAAGGUCGCGUUUUGUUGUCAGAAAAUGGUCCAGGCUUGAAAAAUGCCAAAAUUAUCGUCAACGGACAACACAUGGCAACCACAAAUGACGCCGGAGUCUACGAACUAACAAAUCUCAAGCCAAAUCCGUACACGAUAAAAGUCGAAGCCAAAGAUAUGCAAUUUGAUGAUCAUCUUGCUCGCGUAACACUUGCCAAUCCCAAAAUUCAGGACAUCAAAGUCGAUCGUUUCAAGGUUUGUGGCACUGUUGUCUCGGAAAAAUCUCAUACGGUGUCUCUGACGAAGCAAGGAUCCACUUAUCACACGGAAGUGAAGACGAGCGCCGCUACCGGAGAGUUUUGCACCUUUAUUGGCGCCGGAAAAUACGUCGUUGAAGUCCUAACAUCGGCUGAUGACAAAAACGAGGGAAUUCAGUUCUUCCCUGUACGUCAAACGAUCGAAGUGAGUUCCGUUCAAACAUCGGGAAUUCUUUUUUCGCAACUCCGAGCCACUUUAACGGGCGAAAUCAAGUGUUUGCCUGACGUGGGAAGUGCUUGUGACGAGUUGGCAGUUUCUUUGACGCCUGGUGAUGGAGAUGGGUCGCAAUUUGGUGAAGUUACCGCUACAGCGAAGAAUGGAAAAUACACUUUUACAAAUGUUUUGCCCGGUACGUACCAAGUUAGCGUCCUGAAACCGGAACUUUGCUGGGAAUCGAGUUCCUUCCAGUUUGUCGUGAAAUCCACGGAGGAACAUCUUCCGUUAUUCCGUCAUGUUGGCUAUGGAAUCACAAUUAUCGCAAGUCAUGCCGUUCACAUGACCUACAAAUAUCGUCCUGCAGGUGCCGAAAUGCCAAAAUUGGAAGAAAAUGUCGAAUUAACAGCGGGCGUUAAUAGUUUGUGCGUUCCCAAGUUCGGAAAUUACGAUGUAAAGUACGCUGGAUGUCACACUUUUGAUGCCACAACCGCAAAUUCCUUCAGCACAGCAAAUCUCGUUCCUGUCACGGUUAAUGCGGAGAAACACAAGCAAGGUGUUCGCAUUUUAUCGGAAGUUGCCAACACCUAUUCUGCUGUAAUUGAGCAAGAUGGCGAAAAAAUCGACGAAAUUCGGUUGAAAGAAGAGCCGAAUAAGGUUGACGGGUAUUUCUCGUAUCGCCAUGACUUUUUCCUGAAGCAGGGAGAAAAAAUCAAAGUCAUUCCCGCAAGUGGUUCGAUGUUGUUCAAACCAGAUUCGAAGGAAAUCGUUGGAGGAAAUGACUGUAAUGAUGUGGCUUUUAAUUUUAUCGCCACCAAAGGCCUCGUUUUGCAUGGAAAGACCCAACCGGCGAUCGAAGAUGCCAAAAUCGUCUUAAGUUUCCCGAAAAAUCCGGAAAUGGUACCACUGGAGGCGGUUUCCGACAAAAAAGGCGAGUUUAAAUUCGGUCCCAUUGACUCCACAAUCGAUAUUGAGUUGACCGCUAGCAAGGAAUCUUACGUAUUUUCCGAUUUUGAUAAGCAAACGAACACUUUUAAGGUUCACAAGUUGUGCGAAAUCAUCGUAAACGUCAAAGAUGAUCAAGGAAAUGCCCUUGGAGGAGUUCUUUUGUCCCUGAGUGGCGCCGAAAGUUACCGCAAAAAUCUUAUAACAGCCGAUGAUGGUGUCAUGAAGUUCCAUUCACUCACCCCGUCCCAAUAUUACGUGCGACCCAACUUGAAAGAGUACAAAUUUGAGCCGUCAUCCAAAAUUAUCGAUUUAAAAGACGGUGAAACGGUUCAAGUGUCAAUUGUGGGUAAACGUGUUGCUUAUUCCGUUUUUGGUGUCGUAAAAUCGCUAAAUGGCGAGCCAUUCCCGAAAGUAAAUGUCUUGGCGAACGCUGUGGAGCCUUGUGAGGGCAUGGAAGAGGCUCAAAGUGAAUUUAAUGGCAAUUAUCGCAUCAAGGGAUUGGUUCCGGAGUGCAGUUAUGUGGUCAAAGUGAAAAUUGACAGCACCUCAAAUAACGUCGAUCGGUCAAUCCCGACGGAAAAAGUCAUCGAAGUUGGCACGGAAGACAUUGAAGGCGUGAAUUUCAUCGCAAUGGCUCCCAUUAACACCGUUGACGUCAUAAUUCGCGUUCUUGCUUCAGAAAAUGACUAUUACCGAACGUUAAAAGUAGCUUUAUACGCGAAAAACUCGGAUUCUCCAAUUUAUUCGGAAAAGGUUCCAAGUCCCUUGCAACCAAAAUUGAAAAUAAAUCCGGGAAUAAUGUUGUAUCCGCCAAAAUUGCCGUUAAAUCAUCAACAAUAUUACAUCGAAGUGACGACAACUCUAUCCGAUAAGCAAUACAAAUACAGUUUACCUCACAUCGAGUUCGCGACAAAUCAGACAAACUUCUUCUUCGAAGUGCCCUUCAGUCCGCAAAUUGUUACGGGCGACAACGAGAUCAACUCGAAUUCGUUGCCAGCUUUGUUCUUGAUUGCGGUCGUCGGAUUUGUUUUCUUCAAACAAGACCUUGCACUGGACUUGCUCGAGAAGUUUGGGGGAAAAGUCUCGAGUUUGGUGAAAGAUUUGUUCGACAAAUCGAAACGGCAGGAAGUUAGACAUGCGAUGGCAGACGAAGACAUUGAUCAACUCGCGAAUAGCAUCAACUCGAUAAAGAAGAAAAAGUCGAAGAAAAUUAAUUAAUUGAAUGUGUUUUUGGAAAAUGGAUUAAUUUAUAGAAGAAAAGAAACAAAAACUUUAAUUAGGUAAUUAGAAAUGGGAUAAAAUUUAGUCAUUAAUUGGUAAGAGAUUGAAUGAAAUUGCAUUUUUAAUUAUAGUAAAAGUGAAAAAAAAUAAAGAC